GCUGCGGCUGCGGGCGGCGACGGCUGCACCAUGGGCCGGCUGCUGCGGGCCGCCCGGCUGCCGCCGCUGCUGCUGCCGCCGCUGCUGCUGCUGCUCCUGGCCGCGGGAGUGUCCCUGGGUUCCCGUGCAGCCGGAACCGAUGAGCCUGGCCCCGAGGGCCUCACGUCCACCUCUCUGCUGGACCUGCUGCUGCCCACCGGCCUGGAGCCGCUGGACGGGGAGGAGCCCAGUGAGUCCAUGGGCCUGGGGGCCGCCGGCUCGGGCUUCCCCAGCGACGAGAGCGAGGAGUCGCGGAUCCUGCAGCCGCCUCAGUACUUCUGGGAGGAGGAGGAGCUCAACGCCUCCAGCCUCGACCUGGGGCCCACCGCAGACUACAUCUUCCCGGACUUAACGGAGAAGUCGGGUCCCCUGGAGGACACCGACCAGCCCCAGGACCUUCUGGGCCUCCCCUCGUCCUUGCCCAAGAUGAACCUGGUGGAGCCUCCCUGGCACAUGCCCCUGGAGGAGGAGGAGGAGGAGGAGGAGGAGGAAGAGGAGGAGGAGGAGGAGGAGCUGCUUCCUGUGACCGGACCCCAGGCGGAGGCCACCACACAGGCACCAGACUCUCCCCCCAGGGGCAGCAGCAGCCAGGCUCCGGGGGCCACCAGACCCCGGCAGGAGGACUCUGGGGACCAGGCGUCCUCGGGCGUGGACGUGGAGAGCAGUGCGGAGCCCAGCCUGUCGCCGCCCUCUGUCACCCCAAGCACGGUGACCCUGGGGGACCAGGACUUGCCCAGCCAGGAGGACACGGCCACCAUGCUGCCAGCAGCAGGACUCGGGGUAGAGUUCAAGGUCCCUCAAGGAGCCCGUGAAGAGGCCACAGUGGGGGCCCCCGACUUGGCUGGCCGGCCAGGGGACCUGCCGCCCCUGGCUCCGUCCCCUGCAACCAGAGCCCCAGGCAAGGGUCACCUCGACCCUAGGACCUCAGCCUCUUUCCCACCAGCCCCCCGAGACACGGAGCCGACCCCUUCCCCUGCCACCCUGGGGCCAGACACACUCAGCCAGCAGCCGCAGGAGGGCCCGGUGGCCGGAGCGCCCUCCAGGACCCCCUGGGACUCCACACAGGUCAUCUGCAAGGACUGGAGCAACUUGGCCGGGAAGAACUACAUCAUCCUGAACAUGACCGAGAACGUGGACUGUGAGGUGUUCCGGCGCCACCGAGGGCUCCAGCUGGUGGCCCUGGUGGAGGAGGUGCUGCCCCGGCACCGCAGCGGCCGUCGUGGGGACUGGCACAUCUCCCUGAGCAAGCCCAGCGAGGAGCAGCACCUCCUCAUGGCGCUGGAGGGCGAGCAGGGGGUGGUGCCCACUCAAGAUGUCCUCUCCAUGCUGGGUGACAUCCGUAGGAGCCUGGAGGAGAUUGGCAUUCAGAACUACUCCACGACAAGUAGCUGCCAGGCGCGGGCCACCCAGGUGCGCAGUGACUACGGGACGCUCUUUGUGGUGCUGGUGAUCAUCGGGGUCAUCUGCUUCGUCAUCAUCGUGCUCGGCCUGCUCUACAAUUGCUGGCAGCGCCGGCUGCCCAAGCUCAAGCACGUGUCGCACGGCGAGGAGCUGCGCUUCGUAGAGAACGGCUGCCACGACAACCCCACGCUGGACGUGGCCAGCGACAGCCAGUCGGAGAUGCAGGAGAAGCAGCCGAGCCUGAACGGCGGCGGGGCCAUCAACGGCCCGGGGAGCUGGAGCGCGCUCAUGGGGGGCAAGCGGGACCCCGAGGACUCGGACGUGUUCGAGGAGGACACGCACCUGUGAGCGCGGGCCUGCGAGCCGGGCCGGGGGCCGCGCCGGGAUCGAGCAGCGCGGCCCCGAAGCAGACCGCCGCGGAGCCCGCACGCGCCCGCGCCCCCUCCCCGGACCGCGACCCGCGGCCAGGCCCUCGACGCGGGGCUGCUCCCCGCUUCCCCCGACUCCACACCGCGACCUCGGCACAGCGCCCCCUCUCCCGGCCCCGCGAACCCCGGCCCGCGGGCGGCGGGCGGCGCUCUGAGCGCUCCGCCCGGGACUUCAUUAAACCCGCCCGGGGACUGCCGGGCCGCCAGUC